AUGAAGUCCAAGGCCCUUCUCAGCGUGCUGGCGUUUCUAAGCGCCAGCACUCACGCUGGACCUUGUAAGCCAAUCACUUCGCAAACCACCCAAGCUGCCUCUGCUACAACAGAGGGACCUACCACGGUUGACUCAAGUACCACCAUCAUGGCGUCCGAUACCACCGAAGUUCCCCACCCUUCCACAACUGAGCUGAGCUCCCAGACAACCGAGGAGCCUACAGUUAGUUUGACAACGACCAUUGCUGCCGACACGACUUCAGAGGCCCCCACCAGCACCGAGGAAGCAUCUACGACGGGUGCAGCUGCGUGCCCUACUCCUGUAAGCUGCGACAACCUCGGCUUCGACUGGGCAUACUACAGCAAUCCUGCCCAAAACACCGACGCUACCUACUCCUCUUUCGUUCCUCAGUCCUUCAAGUCAAGAAACCCGCUGUACUUCGGGACCACUCGCCAGAUUGGUGGCCUCUAUCAGCCCGGGAACGGUGCUCAAGAUGGCCCUAUCUACGGCUCCUCCAUAGACCUGUCCCUUAACUACUUCGCACUGAACCACCAUACAUACUUGUAUGCUUGCGAGGCUGGUACAUACAAGUUCGACAUCCCAUACGCGAACGAUGCACUAUAUUUCUGGAUUGGCGCGAAGGCGUAUGCUGGAUGGACUUCAGGUAAUGCCGAUGCCAAGGCCCUCUACGAUCAGCCCGAUCACAUUGCAGGAAGUGCUAGCUACGAGGUUGACCUUCCGGGUGGUGUAUAUAUUCCCCUUCGCUUUGUCUAUGGUCAAGCGCAGUACGGUGGCGGCUUUACCUUUACCGUUACAUCUCCAAGUGGGCAGGUUCUAGUCGGCGAUGACGUUGCCUCGAGUCCGUACGUUGUACGCUAUUCAUGCGAUGGUGUUACUGCCCCACAAUACCCUCCAUUUGGACAGGAGAACUAG